GGCGUAGUGUGGCGCAUAUUGAUACCAGUGACAGUGCCGCAGUGGUGUCUACGUUUAGAGUUCUCAUUCUCAUACUCAUCCGUUAGUAGUAGAGCGAGAUAUUUUGGUUUGAAUGUGGUCGUCCGUGUACAAAUAUAUUAUAGAGCUGUUGGUGCAGACUUUCACACUUUGUAUGUGUAAGUAGCCGUGUAGGAGAACAUCCUCUAAAGUCGGGAUCGUGGAUCACAAAAGGAAACGUAAAUAUGGUGCGCCAUAUUCAGGCCAGCGACUACAUAGAGCCAAAUUUCCGGAAGAAAUGCCACGAAAAGGCCAAGGCAAAUCGGUUUAAGACUCGCAGAACACCCAGUACUUUCCAAUCACCGGAGGAGGUACAUCGAGAGACGACUGCUCCUAUCCUGCUCUUCGUACCUGCGCGAAAAGUGACUAACCUUCCUAAAAAUUUAGUAGUGGAGCAAUCGAGUCCACGACCUGAACCAGUUAUAGGAGCAAGUGUAGUGCAGGGCGAAUGCUCCGACGGCUUCUUGUGAAGCCACCUUUGAACAAGAAAGUCGCUGAGAUUACAGUAUGCAGUGGUAAUUCGUAUCGACGGCGUGCUUUGAGAUCCGUGUAGUUUUGUAAUCAUGGGUAUCAAACAAAAGACACCAAACAUUUGCUAUAUCACUGUGUCUGAUUUCGAGCACAGGUAUUUCC